UUACCACUUUCUGGAUAAACUUAUUGGUAACUUUUUUUUCGAUUAAUUUAAGGUGCACUGCAGUGAAUUCAAAUAAAACAAACUUGGAAGAAAAAAAAAGUUUUUACUUUCACAAAAAAUGGAAUUAAUUAAUUAAAUUUGGAAUUCUAUGAACCCUUAUUGUGGUGACAAGGGUAUUUAUUUCGGCACCUGCCAUCGAUAACUAACAUCCCACGUGGUGUUUACAAUCAACAGCUGGUUUGGAUCUGAGAUGUCGCAGAGUGAACGGAAAUUAGAAGAGAAAUGGUGGAAGAAAAGUGCAGAAGAGCGGCCAAAAUCAUCCCCUCCAGCGAGCUCUGGCAAGGAAACAGGGAAGAAAAAAUGUGAGGACAAAUUGAGCCCUGACGAUUCAAACAGCAGGUCCAUCAAAAGACCAAAAGGUCAACAGAAGGAUUUGAACAGUGAACAAAAACAUUUGCAUCAACUACUUACCUGCCCAAGCUGUGAGAAUCUGUGCCAACAAGCCCAGUUACUACCCUGCCAUCACAGCUUGUGUGGGAGUUGUGUGGAAAAGAUUAAAAAGCAAACUUGCGGAGACAUAUACGGACGUUCUUCUGCCAAGUGUCCUGUGUGCAAGUCAGAGUUCAACUUCAGCAAGAACGACAUCCAGCUCUUUCCAAAAAACAACUUGCUUUGCAACAUCAUUAGCAGGUACUCCCAAGAGAGUUCCAAAAAGAGCCCGGCAGGUGCAGAAGACAAUAGCAUUUACUGUGAGUUUUGCCUAAAGCAAAAGAGCUUGGCACACGUGCAUUGUAAAACCUGCAAGCUGAAUUUCUGCAAGAAAUGCCUGCAGAGGAUCCACAGCCACCCAGCCUUCCUGGCUCACUUCCUAACUGAUCCUGCAAACAAAAAGUCAGAUCCAAUUCCAUGCUUCUAUCACCCUGAAAAAACCUUGACUUUUUACUGUCUUACUGACAAAACCCCAGUCUGCAAUGAGUGCACAGUCACUGGCCACAAAACACACACAGCAAUUAGUGUUCAGGAGGCCUACACUGAGGAAUCUGGACACCUCAUUGAAAUCUUGACACGUUCAGAAAUAGGCAAGUGAAGUUACCUUGUAUACUACUAGAGAUCGUUAUUUUUUGUAAUUCAAUUAGACCACUCUACAGAUGCGAUGCCGACAGUAUGGUGUGCACAGUAUAGGAAUUGGCUGAAGAAAGUUCUUAUAUUAAAGACUAUCAUGUAUUUUACUGUCAGUUCCCUUGAGCAGACCAUGUUUGCAUCUUGCCACUAUUGGAUGCAAUUACCAGGAAUGUUUGCGAUCAGUACAUUUUCACGAAUUUAGAAUCCACAAAAUGCUGCAUGAGUUUCUAAACAAUAUAUGUAUGCUUAAUGUACGCAAACGUUUGUCGUCAUAAAUAUUUACACAGAGGAACAUUGGAACAUUGGAAAAAUUAAGUUGUUUUGAAAAGUAGGGGGCUUAUUCAACUAACUGGAAUCAGGGAAGGGUAAAUUGAUUGAUAUGGAUAAUCAAAUUAUAACUGUGAAAUGAUCAUAACAGGUUACCAGGGUUUUUUUGGGUAUAGGCAGUCAAACAGUUUGACCCACAGGAGGUGGUGCAUAGUAAGCUUGAGCUUGACGUGUGUAUUUCAAAGCUUUGAGAGGGGAUAGAAUGUAAUUUAAACUAAGAUUUUUGUAAGAGUAAUUUACAUAUAUAAUAUGCUAAAAACUGCCAGUCUAGCCACAAGUUUCAAAGGUAUUUGUAAAAGUUUUGAUAUUCAAGGUUUUCCUGUCUGUUUUUACCUGUUGUUCUUCAGCAAAGUAUUCAUGCGAAAAUGACAUCAUAGACAUGAACAAUUUACUAUUGAAAAUAAAAGACAGCAAAAUUGAAACGCACAAAAGAGUCGGUGAAGGAUUCCUGGACUUACACAAGAUACUUGGGGACUUUGAAGACUUGCUGAUUGACACAAUGAAUAAGCAGGCAGCAGAAAGAGCAGAGCGAGUAGAGAGCUUCAUCAGCCAUUCCUCCAAGAAGCUGUAUCCUCUGGAGGGUUUGCUUCUGUACUGCAAGGAAGCUCUGAAGGAACACAACCAAGGGGCUUUCCUGCAGUCUGUUAACCACCUGACGUCACAGGUGGUCAGCAUUGUAGAUGAGCUCUACGUACCUGAGGAUGAACUGAAAGAAGACCCUUACAAGAGCUUUAGACUGGGAUUUGGAAAUGUUUCAAAAGAUCUGAUUGAUCUUCUUCAAAGUAAUCUUUAUCAUGAUGAAGUGGAGAGACCCAGAACACCAAAGCUAUACAUCAAUAACAAAUAUCCACCUGAGCCUCCUGAGUUAUUGUUCCAGGUAGAGGACACUGAAACCAUGACCAAGACAUACUCCCCAGAGCCGAAACAGUACAAGCGUGUCUCCAAGUCGCCUCUGACGGUGCCACCAAGUAAGGUUGUCCAGGUGAAAGGAGAAAAUAGCUUCAAAAUGGCGAGAAGACAGGAGAAAAGGCCGAGAAGCACUCCGCCUUAUCAAGAAGACCACCGUCUGAUGAACACCUUCCACUGUCACUCUGGCAGGAGCCACGAUGACCUGGAAGCUCUUCCCUCUUCAAGGAAUUUCUCAGUAAAAGUACCAGACUGCUUGCUGCCCAGACCACCAAUCAUCUACCAGCACAUAAUGCUUGAAGAUACUGCAAAGAUUUACUGGAUGGUCCCAACUGGAGAAAACACUGAUGUUUUUGAUGUCCAGUUUCAAGAAGUGGUUUCUAAUGAUUCCAGGAUGUUUUUGUCAGAAGAGCGAGGGGGCCUUUUUUCUGGAAUAAAGGCUUGCACUUUUGAAACAGGAUCCCUGAACCCCUGCUCAGAAUAUCUUUUCAGAGUGCGAGGAGUGAACACCAAUGGAGAGGGAGAAUGGAGCUAUCCUUAUAGGGUGAGCAUGCCGUCCGGUGCAAUAGCUGGCCAACCGGUAAACCAGUGGUUAUCAACUCUGGCACUUGAGAUCCACUGCAGUCCGGGAGUUUGUUCCAAUCAAUUCCUUAGGCAGGUCAAUUAAUAAUUUAGGACCUGGUUGAAAAAAUAUAUAUAUUUGGAAUGGAACUUGAGGGAUCUACCUUUUCAGUGUUUUGACAUUCUAUCAAAACUGUGAGGAAGUACCUUCUGUGUCUGUAAGUGUCCCUUGGCUACCUGAUAUGUCAUAUUUGAGUGCCUUCUUAUGUACUCUUUGUUGUGUCAUGGUGUGUAUUCAAAACCACUCCGUGGACCUGUUAAACAAAGAGUUCAAAAGAAGGGUUCACACUAAAAUGAACAAACUCCUAGAAACAUAUCAGAUGAAGAACAAAAAAUAUAUAGAAGAUGUCAGUUAUUUUACGAAACUCAAAAUCAUUAAAUCUUAAAAAAAAAAAAAAAUGUUGAAAUGGCUCAGUCUGGGUCAAGUGGUGCAAGUAAAGUGGUCUGGUAAUUUAUUAAUUCAAGCUUUUAGAUGUACAGAAGGUGGAUUUAGCUGUACACAGCAGGGUUUAAUAAUUAGAUUUGAUAAUUGCAACAUGGGCAGGAGUUCUGGACUCUGCAAAAUGACAUCUCUCAUAAUAACACC